CGGCGGGCCCGCUGCCGCCGCGCGCCAAAUUUGAAGGCGGCGCGCGCGCGGGGCCGGGCCGGGCUCGCGCCCCCUCAGGCCGCCAUGGCCACCCCGCCCAAGCGCCCCCGGCCCCGCGGCCGCCUCAAGAAGGUCGCCGUGGAGGGCAACAUCGCUGCAGGGAAAUCCACCUUUGUGGAUGUCCUGAAACAAGCCUGUGAGGAGUGGGAAGUGGUUCCCGAGCCUGUAGCUAGAUGGUGCAAUGUCCAGCAAAGCUCUGGAGAUGACUCUGAGGAGCUGAGCACGUCGCAGCGCAGCGGCGGGAACGUGCUGCGCAUGAUGUACGAGAAGCCGGAGCGCUGGGCCUUCACCUUCCAGACGUACGCGUGCCUCAGCAGGAUCCGCGCCCAGCUCGCCGCCCUGGACAAGCUGCGGGACGCGCAGGAGCCCGUCGCGUUCUUCGAGCGCUCCGUCUACAGCGACAGGUACAUCUUUGCUGCCAAUUUGUACGAGUCUGACUGCAUGAACGAGACCGAGUGGACAAUUUACCAGGACUGGCACAACUGGAUGAAUAAACAGUUUGGCUCCAGGCUGGCACUGGAUGGGAUCAUUUAUCUCCGAGCCACUCCUGAGAAAUGCUUGAAUAGGAUUUACUUGCGUGGAAGAGAUGAAGAACAAGAAAUCCCCAUCGAAUAUCUGGAGAAGCUUCACUACAAGCAUGAAAGCUGGCUCCAGCACAGGACACUGCGAACAGAUUUUGACUAUCUGCAGGAAAUUCCGAUCUUAACGCUCGAUGUUAACGAAGACUUCAAGGGCAAAAAGGACAAAUAUGAUCACAUGAUCGAAAAGGUCAAGGAAUUUUUGAGCACGUUGUAAUCCUCUUUGAAGUGCAGACAGAGUCAAACCAUUCCAAACUUCUGUGCCAUCCAAGUGCAGCUUCUUCCUUCUUUUAUAGGAGGCCUCUGGAGAGGCACGACUCUGUCCUGGUGAUUUGGUUGUGAGGAACAAAUAAACUUUGGGAAUAGGGGAAUUAUUCAAUAAAUCGGUACGUCUGUUCGGUAUUAUGUGAAGUGACAUGCACAGAUUCUGAAGAGACAAGGAUUCUGAGCUUUGCCAAAUGCUGCGCCAGUUUUUGAUCAGACCCAUGAGUUCUAGAGUAUUUUGCAGGUGUUUUUAAUUUAUUUGGUGCCCAACUGUUGUUUAAUUUUGAAGAGGGUAGCUGGUUUCUAGAUCCCUUCAUUGUUUUUUUAGCCUCAUGAAUUUGUAAUGGAUGUUUUGUUCUUCCCAGGAAGUAAAAGGUAAAAACCAUUUUUGCUGCUGAGGGCAUUUUAUUAUAACCUGGAAUUUUAUGGUUUAAGGUACGCAAAAAUGUUUUCUGAUGCUUUUCAUGGAAGAAGUUCUUCGUAGAAUACACUGAAUUAAAUCCAAAUGUGACUGAAA